CGCGGUACUUCCGUAAAUACACGCAUCAGGUUGUAUGGAUUCAUCUAGAACAGCAACCAUCUGAAUACUCUUGUUCAUAUUUGCCAAAUUUUAACUGAAUGAAAAUAAAGUUUAGGAGCGCGUUCGUUCAUAUACCAGACUUUUUGAUUAAAGCAAAGGAUGUCCAAGGAAUCCAAUGAGUCCUCUAAGGAGGACCUGGACAAGGAUGAAAUGGAGAAUUCUGCACAACCAUCAGAAGAGAUGAUCCGGAAGAGAAUGAGAAGAAAUACUCCCAGUCCUCAUAGACUCACACCACAGUCCAGUCCACCCAAAUUUGUCUCAGUGGAGGAACUUAUGGAGACAGCCAAAGGAGUCACCAAUAUGGCACUGGCCCACGAAAUAGUAACAAACAGCUCUUUUGAAGUGAAGCCUUUUGAGCCUGAAGAAGGAAGUUUGGAGAAGUGGGUCAAAGACAUAAUGCACAAAGCAUUCUGGGAUUGCCUUGAGGCACAACUGAAUGAGAAUCCACCAUCAUACAGUCAUGCUAUCAGACUGGUUGGAGAAAUUAAAGAGACCCUUCUGUCUUGUCUCUUGCCAAGCCAUAGUCGACUGAGAGGUCAAAUUGAGGAAGUUCUGGAUCUCUCAUUGAUCCAGCAAGAGGCUGAAAACGGUGCUCUAGACAUCAGUAAAGUGGCCCUGUUUAUUAUCGACAUGAUGGCCACCUUUUGCGCACCCUGUCGUGACGAGGAGGUCAAACGGCUUCGCGAAAUCACUGACGUAGUCCCCCUUUUUAAGUCUAUAUUUGCAGUGCUGGACAAGAUGAAGAUUGACAUGGCCAACUUUACUGUCGGCAGUCUGCGACCUCACCUUUUGCAGCAGUCGGUGGAAUAUGAGAGAAAGAAAUUUCAAGAGUUCCUAGAAAAACAACCCAAUGCUUUGGAUUUCACAAAGAAAUGGCUUCAGAGCACAGCAGAUUAUGUAACUAGUGGACAGGUGGAGGGUGGGGCAACAAGCACACCUAAUUCUGCCCAACUCCCUCUCACUGUGCACAAUCACGCUUAUCUACGCCUUUUGAAAUGGGACUAUGAUACAGAGUCAUUUCCUGAGACGGUUCUCAUGGAUCAGUGCCGAUUUCAGGAGAUGCAACUGGAACUUGAGCAGCUGGCACUGGUGGCAUCGGUACUCCUCAUAGUGUAUAACAGUGCUGGGGAGGCCAUUUCUGGACUUCCAGGCCUCAUGGACCGAUUAAAGAAAACCAUUAAGAUACUAGUAGCAGAAAUGCACACGCCGUCCUUCAAAGAUGAUGAAGCCUUUGCCACCAUUGGAGAAAAGAUGUGUUUGGAGCUGAGAGAAUGCCUGUCUCAACAUGGCUUUUCGCCAUUUUCCACAGGCCGCGAGAGCACUUUGAAAGGCCAAAUUAUAGCUGCUAAGUCUGCAGACAACCCCAUCCGUAAGGUCAUUGACUCCCGGAUCCACACUUACCUUUUGGGGUUCCUGGAGUCAAGCACCAACAAGAGUGCCCCAGUCCUCCCUGGAGGUCUGGGACCCAUCAGCAAAGAAUUAGAAGAGAUUGGUGUUAAGCUAAGACGGUUGGUAACCUUCAACAAGCUUGUUUAUUCUCCAUUCUACCAAAAGAUCCUCCAAGAAGUUCUGGCACAAGGGGAAAGAGCAGAUGUUUAAAUGCCACACCUGAAAUAUGGCUUUCACGUUCUAUCUACUGUAGCUAAAUGCACGUAAAAGUGUUAAGAAAAUAGUUUAUUAACCCUUCAAAGCUCACAUGCUAGCACCUUUAACAAAGGGUUUAUGUCAUAGACUCCUCUCAUUGUGUUAUACAGUAUCAGGGAAUAUUUAUGAAUGUAUUAAGACAUGAGAUUUGCCUAAAUGUUAAAAUCCCCUUGUUAAGUUGUUGCAUUGAACUGCUUCCAAGUCCAACCAAUCUCAAAUGAAAGGAAAAAACACGCUUAUAUACACUCAUAUCAGAAUGCAAAACUACCAAAAAACUCAAGUGUGCCCAUAACAAAUCUGAGAUGACCAGACAUGGACUCAUGGCCAUGAAUUUGUAAUAUAUUCAUAUAUUGUUAUAUAUUAAAGGGAUAGUUCACCCAAAAAGGAAAAUUUUCUCACUCUCAUGUUGUUACAAAUCUGUAUAAAUUUCUUUGUUCUGAUGAACAGGAAGAAAGAUAUUUUGAAAAAUGUUUGUUAUCAAACCGAUCGUGAGCCCAAUUCACUCCCAAAGUAGAAAAUUUUGUCAUCAUUUACUCACUCUCAUGUAGUUACAAACUUGUAUAAAUUUCUUUGUUUUGAUGACCAGAAAGGAAGAUAUUUUGAGGAAUGUUUGAAACCAAACCGAUCAAAGCGAAUUGAUUUCCAUAGUAGGAAAAAUAAUACUAUGGAAGUGAGUGGGGCUUAUGAAUGGUUUGGUUUCAAACAUUCCUCAAAAUAUCUUCCUUUCUGGUCAUCAGAACAAAGAAAUUAAUACAAGUUUGCAACAAAAUGAGAGUGAGUAAAUGAUAACAGAAUUUUCAUUUUUGGGUGAACUAUCCCUUUAACAAGCUGAUAUGGCAAGGACUGCUGAUAGCUAGAACACUAUAUUGAAUUAUAAAAGAGGUGAACCUAACAAAUACUAUUAUUGUGUGUGUGAUUAAAUAUUUAAAUGGUUUAUUGAGUUUUACUAAAGAUUUACAUUCAACUUUUUUUAGUGGUUUUAGACAUUUCUGCCAUUUCUCAACCCUUGUAUUGAGGUUUCUGGCCCAUUUUGUUACACUUUGCUUUGAGGUGAGGGAAAAGAUUGGUGCCUUAGUUUGUGCAAUGCCACUUAAAAUAUGUGCACAUUAUUAAUUUUCCUAUUUAAGAAUUUGUUUUUAACCAUCUAAUUAUUCUCAUGUUGAACACUAAGCAUGGUCUUUUUAAAGGAUUUGUGAUGUUUCUGUCAAUGCUGAGCAUGUUUUACAACAGACACAUUUGUUUUACAAGCACUUCUCUUUGUUUUUAACUAAUGAUUUGUCUCUUAUUGAUGCAGUAUCACUAAUGGUUAUUUUAAAGGGAAUGCUAUUAAUAAAAAACAACUUGUGUGAAGAAAACAUUUAUUACUCUAUUUGACUGGUUUAAUUGAUACGUAAUUCGCUUGCCACAAACUUUUGAUUAUAAUGUUAAAUGUGUAUUUAUCAGAAGCAUCCACAUGAUCAUAAAAUUAUUUAUCUGUCAUCAUUGAAGAAUAAUUUUCUUUCCAUGUUUAUUGCAAAGGUAUUGUGUGCUACUUAUAAUAACCAUUGCAGCUUUUAAAUAAACAUGUCAGCUGUACUUGCCUGUUUUGCAUCCAACCGCUUGUAAGUUUACACCAUCCUACUGAAUGUGUCUUGUGUUUAAGAUUUUGUGUUGUGCAAAAUAUAUUGUAAUAUUCA